AUAUCAGAUACAUUAUGCAAUUCGCUGAAAAAAUCAUUUUUCAUUUCACUACGUAUGGCUUAUCUUGAAACAAGAACCAAUCACCAAUGCGAUCUAAAAGAGGUUUGAAAAUACGCGGGUAAAUGGGAAAGUGGGUCGAAAAUUCAAUGUGUUGUUUUUCAGUCAUUUUCUAGGGCGAUUUAAGCUUCAAAAUGGUGAUCUCCAGCUCCCAAGCGAAUGAUCUAAAGAACAGGUUUGCCCACCUGCUACAACCCAUACGUGAUCUCACCAAGAACUGGAAUGUAGACAUUGCUAAUGAGUUGGAGGGCUAUCUUGAAGAGCUCGAGUCCAUAACUAUCUCUUUUGAUGGAGGGACAACCACCAUGAACUUUUCAGAGGCAGCUAUGGUCAUACAAGGAUCUGCUUGUGUAUACAGCAAAAAGGUGGAGUAUUUGUAUUCUUUGGUGUAUCAGGUGCUUGAUCUUCUUUCAAGUAAAAAAAAACUCCAGCAAGCUGCUUCAGUGAAUGGAGAGGGAGUAGAUGGAGAUGUAACUUUUAAACAGCAAGAAGAUGAAGAGUUUCUUACAUUGGAUGACUUAAAGGAGCACAAGAAUAUUGAUCUGAAAACUGACACCGAUUUGUUUAGUGAAACUGUUCUGACUGUUCCUCGUACACCUAUGGCAUUGGUACCACUGGAAGAAGGAGAAAAGGGAGAACACCCCUUAAUAAGUCGCACAGGAGAAGUUUUAGGCAGUCGCAAUGACUUCAAGAUGAACACUUGUAAUAUCCACGCUUCUGGGACAAUGUUGUUGGACAUGUCACAUUUGUCCUUGUUGGAAUGCUCUUUUAUGAAUAAACCAUCUUCCACACCAUUCCAUGCCAAUAAACCUAACCAAGAUGAUCAUGGCACAGAGAUGGCAGAGGACAAUGACAACAAUGUAGAUGAAGGUCUCCCACUGGAUAUGAGUUAUGAUGACAAUAAUGGUGAUGUUGAUGAUGAUAUCCAACCUCCUGUGGAAGAAGAAUUUAGGGUAAAUUGCAAGAUGGAUGAGAAGACAGAAGUUAAGAGGCCUGAAAGGAAAAGGAUGCCAGUCUUAGCUAAAACUGUGAUUGAUCCCUGGACACCAAUGGAUCCUCACCAGGUGGAAGCUGCUUUUGAAAGACCCUUUAAAAAAGGAAAAACAUUUAAGAUUCCAGCAACAUUGCAAAAUGCAGCAAAGUCAAAGAAAAGAAAGAAGACACCAGAAAAGUGCCAUCUGAUGCCCAUUGCUCAGUUCUGCACGAAAGCUUACCAUUGUGAUGAGUCCAAGUUUCCAAGCAACCCACUGAAAGUUCCCUCAUUUCCAGAGUUUGAACAUUUAUACUGGGUGGAGUUCAAAAGGCGCCAGGCUUUACUAAAAAAGGAGAAAAAACAACUGGCAGAGCAGGGCAGGUUCCAAGAAUUAGCUGAACAGGAACAGGAAGAACAAGAAGAAAAUGAAGCUGCUCCUGUUGGCAUCGAUGAUGAUGAUGAUUAUGACAACCAAGCCCCAUUUAAUAUACCCGACAUACAGGGGCCAGUAGAUCAGGACUUAGCUUUCCCACAAGAUAACCAAGAGAUGGAUGAAGAUGGGGAUACCAUAUUGACACAACGAGGAGGAAAUAUCAUUUCAAAUUAUGAAGAUCUUGUCAGAUACCAUGUGGACAACUACUUGGCAAGUGCCCAGCAAUAUGCACAAAUAACUGAUCUUUCAAAGAGAGUCUCGGAGUGGGAAGAGAAAAUCUUACCAAGGCUUAGAAAAGAGGAAACACAAGGAUCUUUUGAUAUACACAAGUGUGGGUCUGCUAUUCUGGAAAAGCUUCAGGACUCUAAAGUAAAAGUACCAUUCAGAAAAAUAGUUGAGAAGGAACCUGCAUAUCAAAUAGCAAGGCUUUUUCUGGCAACAUUACAACUGGCAAAUACAGCCAAUGUUCUAAUAUCGCACCAUGGUAUUCUCAGAGAGGGGAUGGACACUAUGGAGUUACAGAUUUUGUCACGAAGGAGACAUUUUGAAGAACUCGAGGAAUACAGAGCACCUUCAUUAGUGGACCAUUAGCAUCAUUAAAUUUAUUGGUAACAACUGAAAACUUUCAUUGUUAAUUUUAGAAAUACUGGUUUCUAUCUGUUGUUUUUAUCCAUGCUAAGAAGACAGACGUUUUUUAUGGUGAACAUGAUGGACGCUUACAGUCAAGGUGCACAUUUUACUUUAUCAUCACAACUCUUCCUUGAGAUAUUUCAUUCAUGCAACAUAAUUAAUGGAGAUCAGAUGAGACAGCCCAAAGAAUCAUGCCUUUAUAUAAAAUCAAAUGAGAUUUUGAAGGAUUUGGAGAAUGGGUCAAAAAAGGCAUAUUACAAUGUGGUGUAGCAACAAAUAAAAGCAGAUUGACUUAAGUAAUCAGUUUU